AUGACCGACAAGCAAAUGACGUUUGAAAAUCCUGAGAUGAUGCGUGUGCUGCAAUCGCAGACGCAAAAUUUGAAAGCGAAAUAUGAGCAGAACCUGGAAAACUUCAAGCGUAACACAGGCCACGACAAUCCACUUGCGAAACAACCUGUGGCAACCAAUGAGCCGAACGAUGCCGAUACGGCAGAAAAGAAGGCGCAAGAGGAGAUCAAGAAUUUUACUCAUGAUUAG